AAUCUACAAUUAUUUUGGAAAUACAUUAAUCUCUUGUAUUGCUUUUAGUACCACACUCAGUUUAAUGACGGAAUUAGCAAAGGAUCUGUUUUCUUAACGGGGUCGUUUUGAGUCUGUGCCACCGCCAACUUCGCGCUACAACCUCAUCAGACUGUUUCUCGAUUCAGCGCCGAUUUGCAGGGCUGAUCUGGAGUGACUGCAGUUAGACGUACACCACGUGUAAUUACAAAUGCAUGGGAUUUGUCAAUAAAUAAGAGAAAAUCUUGACGACACAUUAUAAACAAAUGGCGCUGAAUUUAGUCAAUUGACUUUAAAAAAAUGCGCAUCUUUUUUUGGGUGGAUAGUGCAGGUACAAUAGAAAACCAAAAGAAACCUAUAGAAACUAGAUUCCACCUGAGGUCUCGAGUGUAAGCAACCAUACUAAUUGGAUACAAUGCGCAAUCUAAUAAUUUGUAGCAUUCACAUAAAACUGAUAAAAUAGGAAGUCGCACAAACGCAUGCAGUGACCAGCAAAGUUCUGUUUCCUCCCCCACUCUUUUUCUUAACGCCGGGUUGUUCUCAUUUGGAUUUUACCAGCAUGUUAUUUGGGAUUUCUACAGGUAAAACCUUCGGUUUAGUUUAAACAGGACUAAUACAGCUUCAAGGAUUAUUUUUAUGUGUCUGAUAGCAGUGAUGACGCACAGCCCGUCUCCAGGUCAUCUGUUUAGCAGCUCUGACCACUAUGGCCCAAGAGGGGCCCAACAUCCACUUCCGUUUCAUGAAUUACGGCAACUGGAUGCUGCAGAAGAUGAACAUGCUGCGGGAACACGGACAUUUCUGUGAUGUAACGGUCCACGUCAACAAGACCGCCUUCCAGGGCCACAAGGUGAUUUUGGCAGCCUCUUCCUCUUUCUUGAGGGACCAGUUCCUGCUGAAGGACUCCAAGGAGGCCUCUGUGUCUCUGGGCCAGAGGCCAGAAGUAGCUUUGGAUCUCCUGCAGUCUUGCUAUACCGGAGUUCUGGAGUUCCCUCUGAAAGACCUCAUCAGCUACCUCAUGGCAGCCAGUUACCUGCAGAUGGGGCAUGUUGUGGAGAAGUGCCAACAGGCAGCAGGCCAGUACCUGGAGCCCAACUUCUCUGUAAGUGGCAUCAGCCUUGCCCAGGAGAAACUUCCCUUCUGGGAUCCGGAGCCACACUCCCCAAGAGAGGGUGCCAGUCAGGAAGUGGAAGAAACCAGUGCCAGGAAGGACACAGGAAGCAGAGCUAACCAAGUUCCACACAUUUCUCUGGAACCGUCUAAGUUGGACUUAAAGGCUGAAUCCUCUGAGGGUCAGGAUGACGAGUGUGCAGUGGUUUCCCUGGAACCUCCCCGGGUCUACAGCCAGGUGGAUUCCGGACACCGCUUGGCCGAGUGGGUCAAUGCAGAAGACCUGGUCGUAUUGAAUAGUGAGCUGGAGUUUCAGGGCUUGCAGCCUCCCUCUGCCUUUUCUGCCCAGGAUGGGAGCUCUUCCAAGGCUGAGGGGUCCAGGGCAGCUCCCCAGGAAGAGCUGUUUAAAGGGCCCUACCAGUGUCGAGUCUGCUCUCGUGUCUUCCGCUUGCUGGAGAAAUAUGUAGUCCACAUGAGGGGGCACAAAGUGUGUCUGUGCCUGCGCUGUGGGAAAACCUUCUCCCAGAAAGUGAACCUGAAGCGUCACGUGCGCAGCCACAUGGGCUUCAAGCCCUAUCGAUGCCACCUGUGCCAGAAGGUUUUUUCCCAGAAGGUCUCCCUCCAGGACCACAUGAAUCUGCACAGUGGCGCCCGGCCGCAUCACUGCGGAUACUGCGAGAUGCAGUUCACCCAUAAGCCAGCUCUGCGGCGCCACCUGCGGGAAUUCCAUGGGAAGACCGGCUCGGACAGCUUCAACGAUGAGAUUGAAGAGAUUGUGCUCUGAUUAGACUGGAACUCGGUGGAGGUGCCACAUGCUCCCUUAACAUUCGCGCUGAACUCUUUUACCAGAGAAAUCGGUGCUAAUAAGACACUAAAAGAACAACCAAACAUUUAGUACAAACAUGUAUAGCUACAGAGUUGUAGUCUUUGUUCAAUCGUUAUGCAUGAUUUAUGUAAAAGUGUUUUUGUUUCUGAGAAAGUGUAAAUCAGGGUUCGGUAGGUCUUGCUCUGGUGAACGCAAAUACAGUUAGUCUUAAAUGUCCUUCUCUUUAGAUAUUGGGAGUACCUGUUACUGAUCAAUAAGUAAUCAACUCAUUAAAAAGUAAUCUGGUUUAUCUGUUCCUUGAGGGCUUAAGGAUUUUUUUUUUACGUUAGUAAAAGUCACCUGCUUAAGUGAUCACAGUACAGCUGUUGUGCUGAACUGAUCACAAUUAAAUUGUUUCAUCCUUAGAAACUGGUGGUUUAAUGGUGUCCAAAAAAACCUGCUGGACAGGGUAUUCGAAGAAAUCGGAGUUCAGAUCUCCAGUAGCUGAAAACCUUUGACCUUUAGAUUGGUCCACCUAAGCUAAAUAUGAACUCUGUUAGGUCAUUAAGAAAGAAGGUGGGAAACAACAUCUCAGACAUUUAAACCCUCUGGAACUGGAGCUGUGUGCCACUGGUGUAUGUAAACACACACAUAACACACACAUUUUACAGCUGAAAUAUAAAGUAAAGCAUAAGAAAAUGUUCGUCAAACUGUUUUGUGCAAUGAAAAGACAUACCAGUAGGGUUUUGUGUCACUUUGAAAGAAUUCUGCAGUGCCUUUGUUCAAAUAAACAGUAAAUUUCAA